AUGGAACCAGGGAAUGAUACAAGAACUUCAGAAUUUCUUCUUCUAGGACUUUCAGAGGACCCAGAAUGGCAGCCCCUUAUGUUUGUACUUUUCCUGUGCAUGUACCUGGUCACUAUGCUUGGGAACCUGCUCAUCAUUUUGGCUUCCAUCUCAGGCUCCCUCCUGCACACACCCAUGUACUUCUUCCUCUCCAACCUGUCCUUUGUGGAUAUCUGCUUCACCUCUACCACUGUCCCAAAGAUGCUGGUGAAUGUCCAGACACAGAGCAAGACCAUAACUUAUGAAGGCUGCAUAAUUCAAAUUUAUUUUUUUACAUUAUUUAUAGGUCUGGACAAUUUCCUCUUGGUUGUGAUGGCCUAUGACCGCUUUGUGGCCAUCUGUCAUCCACUGCACUACAUGGUCAUCAUGAAGCCCCACUUCUGUGGAUUUCUGGUGUUGGUAUCAUGGAUCACAAGUUCCCUGAAUUCCUUGUUACAAAGUUUCAUGGCUUUGCAGCUGUCUUUUUGCACAGAGGUAGAAAUCCCACAUUUCUUCUGUGAACCUAAUCAGCUCGUUCUCCUUACCUGUUCUGACACAUUUCUUAAUAACAUGGUGCUGUAUUUUGUAGCUGCCUUGCUGGGUGGUGGAUCCCUCACUGGCAUCCUUUACUCAUACUCCAAGAUAGUUUUCUCCAUCUGCACAAUCUCAUCAGUUCAGGGGAAGUACAAAACAUUUUCCACCUGUGCAUCUCACCUCUCUGUUGUCUCCUUAUUUUAUUGCACACUCCUGGGAGUAUACCUCAGCUCUGCUGUGAUUCAAAGUUCAAAAUCAAGUGCAACAGCUUCAGUGAUGUACACCAUGGUCACCCCCAUGCUGAACCCCUUCAUCUACAGUCUGAGAAAUAAGGACAUCAAGUCAGCAUUGAAAAAACUCUUUAGUAGGGAAACUAUAAAACUGGCAGUUGACUUUUACCUACAAAAGUGCUGUUGA